CCCACCCAUGGAUCAUAACUGAGAUCUGAGGAAGGGACUACAAGGCUGUAGUCUGUCACAAAUCCUCAUCACCCGCUAAAGGUUUCUCAAAGGAACGACAGAAGCUCUUUGAGGGGUCUCCCCACUCUUUUUGGAAGCGUUUGCAGCACUAACCGGAAUCCAGGCGGUUUUCUGAGCCAAGUCUAGUGGAGAUAGACGUGUUUGUUUAUCAGAUUUGGACUACAGCUGGACGCUUGGGAAGCUCUCCGAUGGAGAAUGAGUGGGGACUGUGGACAAAUUAGGCUGGACUGUUAAAAGCUGUCAUGGUGCAAUCAUCUGGAGAAUUGAGAUGUUACAUGACUGACAUGACCUAACUAGCUCAUUUAAGUCAUCCGUCAGUAUCUUUUGAUUACACGUACAAGAGAAAGGGCUGUAAAGCUGGAGCCUUGAUCCUGGUUGAGAGUCUUUCAGUGUGGCGAAGACCUUUCUGUGGGGGAGCUGAACGAUGACUCUUUCAACACGACUCGAGGACUUGGAGGUGACCCUGGAGCACAUGCUUAUGGAUGUCUUUAUGACGGAGGGGAGGCGAUGUCAGGUCCAUCUGCUGGACGACAGGAAGCUGGAGCUGCUUGUACAGCCCAAGCUGAUGGCAAAGGACUUGCUGGACCUGGUGGCCUCGCACUUCAACCUCAAGGAGAAGGAGUACUUUGGUAUUGCAUACACAGACGAAACGGGCCAUUUUAGUUGGCUGCAGUUGGACCGCAGGGUAUUAGAACAUGAGUUCCCGAAGAAGUCUGGUCCAAUUGUCCUCUACUUCUGUGUCAGGUUCUACAUAGAGAGCAUAUCCUACCUGAAGGAUAAUGCUACUAUUGAGCUGUUUUUUCUUAAUGCCAAGUCCAUCAUCUACAAGGAACUUAUUGAAGUGGACAGUGAUGUUGUCUUCGAAUUGGCUGCCUUUAUUCUACAAGAGGCUAAAGGUGAUUUCACAAGUAUUGAAGCAACCAAGUCUGACCUGAAAAAGCUGCCUGCUCUGCCCACCCAGGCCCUGAAGGAUCACCCGUCUCUGGCCUACUGUGAAGACAGAGUUGUGGAGCAUUACAAAAAGAUCAGUGGGCAGUCCAGAGGGCAAGCUAUUGUUAAUUAUAUGAGCAUUGUAGAGUCUCUGCCCACAUAUGGAGUACAUUACUACGGUGUAAAGGACAAGCAGGGGAUCCCAUGGUGGUUGGGUCUGAGCUAUAAAGGCAUCUUUCAGUAUGACCACCAGGACAAAAUCAAACCCAGGAAGGUGUUCCAAUGGCGCCAGUUGGAGAACCUCUACUUCAGAGAGAAGAAGUUUUCUGUGGAAGUUCAUGACCCCAGGAGUCGGGCCUCGGUGACGAGAAGGACGUUUGGUCACAGCGGCAUCGCUGUGCACACGUGGUACGCCUGUCCUGCCCUCAUCAAGUCCAUCUGGGCCAUGGCCAUCAGCCAACACCAGUUCUACCUGGACCGAAAGCAGAGCAAGUCCAAAAUCCAUGCAGCGCGGAGUCUGAAUGAGAUUGCUAUAGACCUCACGGAAACAGGAACUCUAAAGACCUCCAAACUAGCCAACAUGGGAAGCAAGGGCAAAAUUAUAAGUGGCAGCAGCGGCAGUCUGCUCUCGUCAGGCUCUCAGGAAUCAGACAGCUCCCAGACAGCUAAGAAAGACAUGCUGGCAGCACUGAGGGCCAGGCAGGAAGCUCUUGAAGAUACGCUUAAAAAGAGACUAGAGGAACUCAAGAACAUCUGCAUAAGAGAGGCGGAGCUGACAGGAAAGCUUCCCAAGGAGUAUCCUCUGGAUCCGGGAGAGGAGCCGCCCACAGUGAGACGGAAGAUCGGUACCGCCUUCAAACUGGACGAGCAGAAAAUUACUCUGAAGGGAGAGGAAGAGGAGCUGGAGCGUUUGGAGCGGGAGUUUGCCAUUCAGUCCCAGAUUACAGAGGCAGCCAGGCGUCUUGCCAGCGAUCCUCACGUGAGCAGCAAGAAGCUGAAGAAACAGAGGAAGACUUCUUAUCUGAACGCACUGAAGAAGCUCCAGGAAAUUGAGAACUCCAUCAAUGAGCACCGGGUCCGCUCUGGCAAGAAGCCUACGCUGAGGGCAUCGCUAAUCAUAGAGGAGGCCAACAUUUCUGAAGACAGUUCGUUGUCUGACGCACUGGUCUUAGAUGAUGAUGAUCCUCAAGUCACAGGUACUCCCACCUUCUCUCCAGUAGCAUCGCCUCAUAAGGGCCUCCCCCCUCGACCUCCCUCUCACAGUCGGCCCCCUCCGCCCCAGUCCCUGGAUGGCCUGCGACAUCUGCACUACUCACGCCCUGACUACGAUAAAUCACCCAUCAAACCCAAGAUGUGGAGUGAAUCGUCACUGGAUGAGCCAUACGAAAAAAUCAAGAAACGCUCGUCUCAUUCAAGUCACAGGCGUUUCCCCAGCUCUGGCAGUGCAGAUCCGGGGGGGUGUAACUCUCUGCAGAGCAGCCCCAUCAGGAACCUCCCUCUCUGGAACUCUCAGUCCAGCAUGCCGUCGACCCCGGACCUGAGGACCAGGAACCCCAACUACGUACAUUCCACCAGGUCAGUGGACAUCAGUCCCAGCCGUCUGCACAGCCUCGCUCAGCACUUUAGGAACCGCAGCUCAAGCCUUGAGUCUCAGGGCAAACUGUUGGUGCCCGACCCCGACGCACACCCGCACACCCUGGGCACCCUGGGUAGCCCGGAAUUCUUCCUGGUCCCAGGACGCAACUCCAAUGGCUCGGACCCACUGGACGACUGCUCAUCCUGCACCAGCCAAAGCAGCUCGGAGCAUUACUACCCCUCUGGCGGACCCCCAGGCAGCAACCCCAACUACUCCACUUUGGGAGAGGACUCACCCUCCAAAGCAAGGCAAAGGCAGAGGCAAAGACACAGGUCGGCAGGUCACCUGGGUUCCUCUAACUCCGGCUCCAUGCCCAACCUGGCAGCUAAGAACGGCACUGGUGGGGGCUCAGGUGGAGGCGGGGUAGGAGGGGGACACCAUGGAGUCUACCUCCACAGCCAGAGCCAGCCCUCCUCCCAGUACCGCAUCAAGGAGUACCCGCUGUACGUUGAGGGCAGCCCCAACCCGGUGGUGGUGCGCAGCCUGGAGAACGACCAGGAAGGCCACUACAGCGUCAAGGCCCAGUUCAAAACCUCCAGCUCCUACACGGCAGGGGGGCUGUACAAAGAGGCCUGGGGGGGAGAGGAGGGAGGCGAGGGGAGCGGCCGACUCACGCCGUCGCGCUCUCAGAUCGUACGGACACCUUCAUUGGGGCGAGAGGGUCGGGGGUCAGCUGGGGGAGGGGGGAGGGUCGCGGUGUCUGACGAGCUGCGGGGCUGGUACCAGAGGUCCUCAGGGAGCCUGAAGGACAGGAGUCACUCACACUCGGGGUCUACGUCCUCCGAGACAGGGUCGCAGCAAGGCACUCUGGGACAUGGUCGGGGGAGUCGAGUCGGCACACUCGCCAAGGGCUCACCAGCUGCAUCCCCUCACAGCCAGAGGAGUAUGACGCCCACCAGCGAACACGCAGCCACACCCCCCUGUAGCCCACAGCACAUCCUCAACUGGCAGAGCGGGUCUUUCAGUGACAGCUGUUUUCCCAGCAGCCCUCUGUGCUCGGAGCUGGCAGAUGUGCAGUGGUACGGACACGAUAAGGCCAAACCUGGAACCCUGGUCUGAGACCUUCCUAAAGGGCCCAGAAAAGUCCCUUUGCCCUCUCCCACUGCCUCUCCACUGUCCCUCACUACUACCCCUCCACAACCAAUGACCUCAUCCCUAAGGCCCUACAGAAGCCCGGCCCGGCGGACUGGACAUGAGCCGCCCUACUCCUUAAAUCCUGCCCUCCAUCCAUCUCACCACCUCUUUAUUAUGCCCCUCCAUAACAGUUGGACCGGGACACACUUUGGGCUCUGAUGGGGGCUGAUUUCACAGGACAGAAUGAGAAGUGCCACCUCAGCUGAUGAACUGUUGCCCUACCGCACCACAGAGCACAUCCUUUACUCAGCACACAAGCAAUGGGGCAUAAGGGAAGGAGAGACAUGAAGGGAGAGCCCAGAAAAAUAUCAAACAUAUAACUCAAACUCAACAGAACCAACAUCAGUCCUAACUGGAUCUGUUCUCAUAUCUCAUCUCUGGCCCCCCAGACCUGAACUAAUUCCAGUGCACUGCCACCCAAUCAGAGGAUACCUGCUGGAUUUGAGCCACCAGUUAAAAAAACAUUUCCAGUAACAAAUGAACUGUGUUGGAUUUCAUUAUUCCCGCUUAUGUUGUUCGUCUAUUGGGUUUGUUUGUCCCCAUAUAUUUAUAAGAAGAGAAGAUGACUUUUCAAAAAAGAUCUGGAUUAACUCACAUUUAGAUAACAAUUUCAACUCCUCUCAGUCCAACCCACAACCAAAGACAACGUACUGGGUUGACUGGUCCUACCGGGGCUCAGGGCCCAUGCAGAAAGGUGACCAGUCAACUGUAUGAGAGUAAAUUCACAGUGACAAUAUCAGGAUGGUUUAUUGGACUGUAUCUGGGAUAUUGAUGAGGACUAUAGCAAUAACAAACAUGUACAAGUAUAUGAACUGGUGUGAAUCUGAAGCAGGCAUUUUGCUGUUUUCUCUGCCUUGUGAUGCUUGGAGCAAAACAUCAUUGGUGCAUCGUAGGGACAAUUUGGAGUUGUGGUUAUUGGGUUUGGCAUUGAUCUAUGCUUAUUUCAGUGAUUUCAUCAUUCCUGUUCAUUUAAUGUCUUUUCAAGAUUCUUCUGUCUACAUGUUGGUCCACAAAGUUCAUUGUGAUCAGAGGGUAAGGGUGGGGUAGAGUGAAGUGGCAUUCGAGGGUGUUAUUAGCCACAUCGAUUUACAGUUAUGGAACCAUUUGAUUUUGGAAGUUUUAAUAUAGAAACCAGACAUGUUGGUUCCACCUUUUCACCCGUGAAAGUAAGUUAUUUCUGGCUGUUGACAUCUGUCUGGAGUGACUUGAUAUUGAGGCUGUUCAGUGAUAAAUCUCUGAAGUGAAUCAUCUUUUUUUAUCACGACUGUUUCUUCUUUGUUGGUCUUGGCUCUGUCGCCAUGCUGAGUGUCUGCCAGUCCCCUUCUGUAGCGCUGUGCUUUCUCCUCUUUCUGUCCUCUCUUCAGCAUGACUGCAGCCUCCUGACUGAACACAGACAGUCUGAACUCACUACUGGCUAACACCACACCUCAUAUGAUGCAUGAGUACAGGUAAACCAGUGCCAAACAAGUUGGUGCUUUACAUUUAUACUGUAAUGCAGCACUGGAACAGCCGCUCCUUCAAUCGCCCCAGUCUUUGGCUAUCGUAUGAAGCAGCAGCAGACUUCUCUAUGAUUUGGCAUCACGUGUAGUAGGAAUUAUUUGAAAAGCACAACAUUAACAGUGUCUAUGAGGGCUGGACCUACAAUCAUUUUCCACUCUCAAUAUUAGUAAUAAUGAGUUGCAUCAAAGUGCAUAAGAGGAAACAAAAAAAGCUAAAACUGCGGGCAAUGUGUUAAAUGAUAGUGCUCUUUUAAUAAGUAUAUGAAUUUCAGGUCUACAAUUAUAAAUACCCUACUGUCAGGGCAGAAGAGAAGCCAUAGCCAGAACUGAAAGGAAAUAUUCUUUAACCUUCUCAAAUGGAGAUAAUUAUGUUCUCACCAAUCCACAAUCAGAUAUUCAGAACAGGGUUAGAAAAGCACAUCUGGUUUUGUACGAAAGAAGUAGAGCUCUGCAUGUUUUAACUGUAUCUAAAUGUCCCCCUCCUUCCCCUUGCCAAAGUCUUUGCUAAGAGAUACUGUUUUAUUGUUGCACAAAAUCUGAAUAAAUCAGAUGUUAAUUUUAUUAAGAUUAUGACAGAUUCUACUUGUCAGUGAUAUAAAAAAUUGGACAUAAAUGGUGUCGAAGAGGAAAGACUAAAACAGCACUACAAUAUCAUCUAGUUAAUGUUGCCAAAUGAAUUCUUCAGUAACAUUGGUGUGAUAAUAUUAAAAAGUCAAAUUUGUUGGCUUUCAUAGUCUUUUCUUUUCUAUCCUCUACAUUGAGGAUCCAGCAACCAGUCUUCGAAGUCUAAUUGUGAGUUGAGCGCGUUGUCUUACAUUUUAAUGGAUUAAUGGUGUUACAUGUUUAAAGGUGUGGGAGGACUGGUAGGCAUUUUACCGUGUCCAUCGUAGUCUUGUGUUCCCUUUAUGCACUGACAACAGCUGUUGUAAUCUGCCACUUUAAAGACUAUUUAAAUAAGGUUAAGCCCAUUCCCUGCAUGGUUGGUUCUCCAAGAGUUGCUCACCCAUGCCUGGUCAGUCUUUACCCAGGGCUGGAACCAGCACACCAUCCUUUAGAAAUGAAUUACUCUAGUGUUUCCGAGUCACCUUUAGAGGACAAGUUAGUAAGUCUUGGCUCACUUUCUGUGUGCUGAAGACACGCUCCCAUGCAUGCCCUGCAGAUCCACUUACAAAUAAAGACCCCAAAGAUAUCCAGCAUCCGACUUCCGUACGCUAACAUUAGCACGUCUUGCUCCAUAGUGUUUCCUCGCACCCCCGCAGAAAGUCCCAUCUUGACCUUGUGGUAAUCUCUGAGCCCGAUGUGAAAAAGUGUGACGUCCCGUCCCUCUGUAGCUCCAAACACACCAUAUUGUCUGUGCUCCAUGAAAUGUAUGAGUUUUUUUGUAAAAUGAACUAACUCUUUUAUCAGUCUUUUCCUGUAUGUACGGAGGGGCACUGUAAGGUUUUGUGGGGGGUUUUAACAUUCACAUUCAUUGUUUUAACAAUGUUCCAUUUUAUAUGAACCAGUAUUGUUUGUUUUUUUUAGUUCUGACAUUGUAACAACCACUUCAGGUGCUACAAAAUGACCAGUUACUGCUUCGUCACGUAGGAUCUAGGCAUCUUCAUUAUUAUCAAUAGAUUCAACUACCAGAUGUGCAAAAUGAAGCUUAUUUGAACAGACAGUUUAAUAGUAGAUCACUUCGGCUACCAGACAAUAGAGCAUGUAACCUGAUCUUAUCAGUUCUGUUCAACUGUAACAAUGCAUUAAAGGUGUUGUAGAAAAAAUGUGGAAUUGAUCAAAAAAAUAACUGAGUUCCACAGUUAAUUUAUUCUUUUUUCUAUUAAAAAUUUGUAUAGUAACUUUACAUUUUUCAAAACUGUGUUGUUGGAAAUUGAUGAUGAAUUUUCAAGAUGAGAAGCAGUGGUGGUUCUUGAGAGUAAGAAAAAUAAAUUAUUGAUGAAUGUU